AUGGCACCCAACCCCGCGGACCAGGCGCGACUGCCGCCCCAGGAACAAGAGCCGAUGACUCCACGAACGCCCCAGGAGCUAGAGAAGCGCUCCUCCGUAACGGUUGCCCACGCGGCAGAGAGACUUAUCGCCAACCAGAUGGAAGCACAACAGGCAAAGCUGGCCGUCUUCCGCGCAUUCUGCACCGCCUUCGACAAGACGGCUGCCCAGUUCAACUCGGGCCACGCGCUCAGCUUCGCGAAGGAAUUCUCGCGCGGCUUCAUUAGCUACUGGGACGACGCGCUCAACGGCGCGCCCACACGCGCCGGUCAGAAUGUCAACAGCCGCCACGGCAGAGACGGGACCGCACCGACCUACGCCGCUAUGGCCCAGAAGGGGAUGGCACAGACAAGGGCCCCCCUGCCGGCACGCCUCGGCCCGAAGCCCUGGAAGGCGCCUCCGGUCCAGCCGCCUAAAGAUGACCUGCGUGUCUUCGUGCGGCUCGACGACAAGUCCCCAGCAUGGGGCUAUCAGGGGCAUGCCAUCAGAGCUCACGUAGCUAAGACUCUCAACCUAGGGACAGAACGCAUGCCACAGAUCGCCCGGGACGACUGGGCGGCCCGCCUCGGGGCCGUGGCGGUUGAAGGCUUCCAGAAGUGGCACACGUACGCUGUGGCGGACUGCCCCAGGCAGCUCACGGAUAUCUGGGGGGCCGCCGUGGACUAUGACCAAGCUAUCAAAGAAGAGAUCAAGCUCCAGACAGGUGCCGAACCAAUUGAUGUGCACAUUGCUAAGAGAUACUCCGAAAGCUCCGACCAGCCCACUGUGACAAUGAUUGUGUCCUUUCAGGCGGCGAUACAGAGGAGAUGGCGGCUCUUCGGCACCAGCCGACUAGCCCGACUGAUCGCCAAGACCGCCCGGCCCGCGCACCGGAGAGGUGCGCGAACUGUUCCGGACCCUUCCCGGCGGACCAUAAGGAGUGCCCUGCCAGACCCAGGCGCUCACGGCCAACUCGUGCGGCUCUCCAAGAUCGAGAAGUACGCCGUAAGGAAGAUCGGCUCUCAGCUAUACCGGCAAGCCAAUAUGGAGCUCGAACGGGCCACGGCGACCGCCUCCCCCCAACCCUCCCAAGGACCGACCCCGUCGCCCUGCAUGAGAGCUGCCGAGGCCCGCCUAGGCAAGCAACAGGACCAGCAGCAGCAACAGCAGCAGCAACAGCAGCAGCAAUGUCGACCCCAGCGGCUGCCCCCCACCAGCGCGCAGGCGCCAGACUCCACAACGCUCCCUCCACCACAGGAAGACAGAUCCGAGUCUCCUAUGAAGAGGCGCCGACGAAACGUAUCCCUGGACCCCUAUGAACAAUAG